AUGGAAUGUGGGGUUCCCAACCCUGGCGAUGCUGUUAAGCCUGAGACCAGAUUGUGUUCAAUAUGCGCAACAAACGAAGCAAAAUAUACGUGUCCCCGUUGCACCGUUCGAACCUGUUCUCUUCGUUGUUGUCAGGAUCAUAAGAAAUUUACAAGAUGUUCUGGGAAGCGCAAUGUGGCUGAGUUUGUCGCCAGGAGGGACUAUAAUUAUUUUGCUUUUUUGUCUGACUAUCGAUUUCUGGAGUCUCUUGAUAGAGAUAAUGAAAGUCGGGAGAAGCGAAUACGUGAAUUUUAUGAUAUCGCGAAAAAGAGGCGGAGGACUCAGUCGAAGGUUUUGAGUGCUGCGCGUUCUCUCAAAAUCGAUUACCGUCUCUCUAGCAGUCUCCUUACGCGCGCCCGAUUAAAUCAAACUCACGUAAUCUGUGAUAAGCCUCCAGCCGUUUUGUGGACACUGGAACUUUGUCUACUUGAUCCUUCUGCAGGCGCGUCCCAGGGUGACGGAAAACAGUUGUGUGACAGCGUCCUCAGACCGAUUCAUAUUCUCCUUCAUAACUGCCCUUGCUCCUCCCUCCUUUCGGAUAUCUGGCGUUCGAAAGUUGCUGAGUUGUCAAGCGCCGAUCUAGAGACGCUGGUUGCUUCUCAACUUGCCGCCUCGUCUAACGUCAGUAUGAGCCCUUACGUGACCAAUUGGGUACUGGCGCUGGGCAAAAGGCUCCCCUACUUUUACAUUGAGUGUGUAGAUAAGCAGACCAGGUCUGUCCUGAAGCAUGAAAUUUUUGCAUCUUCGACCACCCUUCUGGAGGUGAUGACUAGGGACAAAAUAGAAAUCUACGAAUUGAUUAAAGACAGAGAUACAGACAACAGCAUACUUGUGAGAAAUCCUUGGUAUCAGUACCAAAAGAAGCACAAGGCCUCCGUGCACGGAAUUGAGAUCGCACAAGCACCUGAUGCCAUUUUUAGUGGGCGCUAA